UCGAUGAACUCCGACUCCGACUCCGCCGCCUCCCACGUCUCCUCCACCCCUCCUCGCAUCCCCAACCCCAAGCCCUUCCCAAGAUCCGAGCAUAAGCGCAAAUCCUCUCCAAAAUCCCAACCCUCUCAUCCUCCGACGCCUUCAUCCGGCGAUCCUCCGAUCACCUCUCUCCAUGGAGUCCCUCUCAAGAUCCACCGGUCAUCAUCAUCGGAUCAUCAUCGCAGCACUUCCUUCUCCACCCUCUUCAAGUCCCGCCGGCCUGCUUUUGAUCCCUUUGAUCUCCAAUCCAUCGCAGAUCCAUCCCCUCCCAAGAAACCCCCGCCGCCGGAUCGCGUUGAUCCUUCCAAACUCCACCGCAACUGGAUCCCCUCCUCCGCGCCUCCGGAGUUGCCGCAGAAGCGGCUGCGGUUCAGCUCCGAAGGAAACUUCGUCCGCCUUAACAUCAAUGGCUAUGGACGCCGGCAUUCCUUUAGGAAUGGAAGAAAAGGGAAAAAGCUUCUGAGGUUUCGGAAGAGAUCUGGUAAGCCUCGAACUAAAUCCACUGGGGAGAAUGAGGUCGAAAUGGGCUGUUUGGAAGAAGAAGAAGAAGAAGAAGAGUCGUGUUUGGGGGAUUUUCAGAUGCAGGAAAGGAGCUCAGGCUUUGAUUUGGGGAGGAUUGAGGAGGCUAUUAUGGCUGCAAGAGAGGAUCCAUCGGAGGUAAAUUUGUUGGAAUUGUUGAGACUGGUCUAUGGGCACAGUUCAUUUCGAGAUGGGCAGCUGGAGGCUAUCCAGAAGGUUGUUGCUGGGGAGUCCACGAUGCUUGUGUUGCCCACUGGCGCCGGGAAGUCACUUUGUUAUCAGUUGCCGGCUUUGAUUUUACCUGGGGUGACAUUGGUUGUGAGUCCUCUGGUUGCCUUGAUGGUUGAUCAACUGAAGCAUCUUCCUUCAGUGAUUCCGGGUGGGCUACUUUCCAGCAAUCAGACAAAUGAAGAGGCUUCUGCAACACUAGAUAGGCUCAGAGAAGGGAAAAUAAAGGUGCUCUUUGUUUCACCUGAGAGAUUCUUAAAUAAAGGGUUCUUAUCAGUAUUUGGAAGUACAAUUAUUUCCUUUGUAGCGGUUGAUGAGGCUCAUUGCAUUUCUGAAUGGUCUCACAAUUUUCGGCCCUCAUAUUUGAGGCUCAGGGCCUCAAUACUUCGAGCAAAGCUUAACGUUAAGUGUAUGCUUGCUAUGACUGCCACAGCAACAUCUAAAACAUUACAAGAGAUAAUGCAUGCUUUAGAAAUUCCAGCUGCGAAUCUUAUUCAGACAUGCCAAAUAAGAGACAACAUCCAACUCUUUGUGAUUUCUAGUGGGAAUAGGCAAGAUUGCUUUUUCUUUUUCACAAAGCUUGAGUUUGACCAUGCAAUGGCUUUCCCUUGUUUUAAUUUCCUGUGCCGUUAUUCUAUCAACUACAGAUUGAAAGACUUAUUGAUGCUGAUGAAGUCUUCAUCUUUAGUCGAUAAGCAAAGUGUCAUUAUUUAUUGCAAAUUUCAGGUUGAGACUGAUAUGGUGACCAAGUAUCUUUGUGAUAAUAAUAUCCUUGCCAAGGGAUAUCAUAGUAGCUUACCUGCAAGGGAUAGGAAUCGCAUACAGGAACUCUUUUGUUCUAACAAGAUCAGAGUGGUUGUGGCAACUGUGGCGUUUGGCAUGGGCCUGGAUAAGAGUGACGUUGAUUUAGUGAUUCAUUACAGUCUGCCUGAAAGCUUGGAAGAAUAUGUACAGAAAACAGGACGUGCUGGAAGGGACGGCAGACUUUCUUUUUGCCAUCUACUUCUUGAUGACCUUACCUAUUAUAAGCUCCGUAGUCUUUUAUACAGUGAUGGCGUAGAUGAAUAUGCGAUAAAUAAACUACUCUGUGAAAUUUUUUCUGAUGGCAUCGUUCAAGAUGGACACGCUAGUUCCCUCGUUAAGGAAUCAGCAUCAAGGAAAUUUGAUAUGAAAGAAGAGGUGCUGCUUACUAUUCUAACACAGUUGGAGCUUGGUGAUGUGCAAUAUCUACACCUACUUCCACAACUCAAUGUGACUUGUACCUUGUAUUUUCACAAGACAUCACCAGAUUUGCUUUCGAAAAAGGAUAUUCUGAUUGCAACCAUCAUGAAGAAAUCAGAGAUAAAGCAAGGAUACUUUGUGUUUGACAUACCCACAGUGGCAAAUACAGUUGGCAUAACCCCAACUGACCUAUUGAAUAAGCUGAAAAAUCUCAAGUUCAUGGGAGAAAUAACAUAUGACCUGAAGGAUCCAGCAUUUUGUUUUACAAUUAUAAAGGUGCCAGAUGAUUAUUGCUCUCUCACAUCUCGUAUCACUAACUGGCUGUCUGAGGUUGAACAAUGUAAGGUGCAAAAAUUAGAUGAAAUGUUCCACGUUGCAACAUUUGCUGCCAAGGAGUGUCCCAAAGUUGAUGGAUGCUUUGAUAAUAUGCACACACCCUGCAUCCAAAAGAAAAUCCUGGACUACUUUUGUAGAGAUGCCAAUGCCCCAUCAGAUGAUGUUUUCACUAAGAUGGGACGCAGCAGCCCAUUUCUGCAUGCAGAUAUAAAGGUAUUUUUGCAGAGCAAUUCACAUGUCAAGUUUACCCCAAGAGCAAUAGCAAGAAUUAUGCAUGGUAUCCCUAGCCCAUCUUUUCCCUCUGCAACUUGGUCUAAAUGUCAUUUCUGGGAGAGAUAUUCACAGAUUGAUUUUGCAGUAGUGAUGAAAGCUGCCACAUCAGAGCUGAUGCAUUUUGAUAGGAAAACUUAGCUUGUGAACCAAUAAUCUUUAACAGUUGACACAAAUGGUUGCACUUUGGCACAAACUGAGCCUUUGUAAAGGGAGACCAAACUCACAUUCAUGCCAAAACAACAAGAAAUCAUAGGAGUGAUGCAAGUGAUAUACUAGAGAAUCCAUCAAACAUUUGCAAGUGGAGUUGAUCUUUUUCCCUUGCUGAUGAUUCAUGAACACAAGAUUCUACAAUUAGUGGAUCAGUCACUUGGCUACCAGUAUGUAUUGCAAAUACACUCAUCACCAAUUGUCAACAAUGUGGCCCAAUGUUCCUCUUUGCAGCACUGGCUUGGUUGGGGAAGGAAACCAGGAAAUUUCUACAAAUAAAUGCUGAUGAGGAUCCAUCUUGUAUAAGUUAAGCUUCUUUUUCCAGUUUCUUAUGGUUUCUUUAAUAACUUAUGUAGUUUUGAAGAAUAUAUUUGUAUGUUUUUCUUUGCAUGUAAUUGAUUUCGAGUAAGUCAAACAUGUGCCUUACGUGAGAUUUUUUUUUUGAAUAAUAGAUACAAGCGCAUUUUUUUUUAUAUGAAUAUAAACAGUACUGAAAUCCGGAUAUACAAUGUAUGUACAAUAUGAAAAUAGUA